AUGACUUCCGCUCACGGCAUCCCUCCCCCUGAAGUCCGCAUCCGCAUCCUAAACGUCAAAUCGCGCCGCGCCCUCUACAGCAACGAGCGCGACACCAACGCCCUCAACCACGUCGAUAGCACGACAACCUACGACGACCAAUACUGGUACAUCCAGCCGGGCAAAGACAAGAACACGGGGCUCUACCUCAUCGUAAGCGCCUACACGGGCCGCGCCCUCUGGGCCAACCACCGCAACGGCGCGAAUGGCGCAAACGGCGAGGUAGGCACGUACAACCCGCCGGGCGAGUACCCAGACCACUAUUUCGACCUUGCGCAGACUCAGGGUACCGGCGUGCGAAACAAGCAGUUCCGUCUGCACUCGCCAGCGGGGUCUGGCAAUUUCUUCUCGCGGACGCACGAACGGCCUGAACUAGGUUGUCUGUCCGACACUAGCAAGAUCUACGACGACCAGUGGUUCACGUUCGAGAUGGAGCCUCUGAAAUUCGUCAAGAUCGAGUACGACCUCGAACAUCCAGACAUCAUCACGCCGCCGACACCCCGGAACAUCUCGACGCAAAAAGCGCUGAACCACAAUGCGGACAUUGAGACUAGUCAGGAGUUGACGAUUAGCCAGGAGACAGAGCAGCAGUCGACGUUUACGUCGGAGGUGGGGCUUUCGGUCACGGCGUCGGCCGAGUUUAGUUGCGGGGUGCCGGUGAUUGCGGAGGGCAAGGUGGGCAUUAGUACGACGUUGGAUACGAGAUUGGGGUGGGGGACUACGAAUAUUACGAGGCAGAAGUGGGAGGCCAAGGUGACGCUCAAGUGCCCGCCCAAGUCGGCUACGCUUUGCACGGCUUCGGUAAUGGAGACUAGACUUCGCAUGCCGUUUGUGUCGUACUGGAAGACGGAGGAGGGGGGAAAGGAGGUGAGGCUCAAGGGGGUUUAUGAGGGGCAGAGCUGUGCUAGUUUGAGCACUGUGUCUUCGCCUCUUCCGUAUGAGCCUAGAAAGUGA